AUGUUACACGCUCGCACACAGAUGUAUUAUGUCAAUUAUCGGGAGGAGUUUAUUGACACCCCCUACACUCUACCGUUUUGUGAGAGUUAUCAUAUUGUUUUGCAGAUCGAGUCUCUUUUGAAGUCAGUCGGGGAGGAACUAUGCGAAUUGCUUCGGUUACUAAAUUAUCUUGUCGGACUAGUCAAGUUCUGUCCGCUCGGUAAACGAAGAGAAAUAAUCUAUCUAUCUAUCUAUCUAUCUAUCUAUCUAUCUAUCUAUCCCGGUCUUCUAUCUAUCUAUCUAUCUAUCUAUCUAUCUAUCCCAGUCUUCUAUCUACCCGGUCUUCUAUCUAUCUAUCUAUCUAUCUAUCUUGUCAUUGGUCCACCAACAUCCUCAAUUAACCCCCUGAAGUCAAAAGACAAUGCUAAUACCAUCAAAGAACCAGAAGAAAUACUUCAGCGAUGGAAAGGGCAUUUCACAGAUCUAUUUGAUAAUCCUUCUUCUGUCGAUUGGAGCAUUACAGAGAGCCUGCUACAGUGUGACAUUGUACACCAUAUGGAUUGUCAACCUACUCUUUACGAACCACAUUCCCUCUGUUCCCGAAUUCACGCACAUUCCCUCUAUUCUCGAAUUCUGCCACAUUCCCUCUAUUCCCGAAUUCAGCCACAUGGCCCUGUUCCCAAAUUCACCCACAUUUCCUCUGUCCCCGGACUCAGCCAGAAUAUCUCUAUUCUCGAAUUCAGCCACAUUCCCCCUGUUCACCAAUUCAGUCACAAUUCCUCUAUUCCCGAAUUCAGCCACACUCCCUCUAUUCCCGAGUUCAGCCACAUUCCUUCAGUUCCAGAAUUCAGCCACAUUGCCUCUAUUCUCGAAUUCAGACACAUUUCAUAUAUUCCCGAAUUCGGGAAUCAUCACUGA